AUGGCGUCCGAUUCUUCCACUUCUGAGACACCCAUUCCUCUUCCUCCUGAUCCUUCUUCCCCUCAGCAUUCUCUUGAUCCCUAUGCCAAUCCCCUAUAUCUCCAUGCUGCUGAUUCCUCCAGCAUAUCUCUCGUCACUGAUAAGCUUGUUGAUGAAUCGAACUAUAAUUUCUGGGCUACCUCGAUGGUUCAGAUCCUCACUGCCAAGAACAAGUUCGGCUUCAUCUAUGGUACGAUCCCUCAACCUGCUGAAAUCCAUACUGAUUAUGGUGCUUGGAUCCGCUGCAAUGCUAUUGUUGGUACAUGGAUUAACAACUCUGUUUCUACCGAUGUCAAAACUAUGAUCAUGUACAUUGAGAAUGCUCACCUAAAAUGGACAACUCUUGAGACCCAGUUUAAGCAGAAGAAUGCCUCUAAAAUCUUCCACAUUGAGCAACAGAUUGAAUCCCUGCAACAAGGUUCUCUUGACUUGAAUACGUUUUUUACAAAGCUAAAUUCUCUCUGGGAAGAAUUAAAAAUGCAUGAUCCGAUACCUGUUUGCAUCUGUGGACAUUGUACAUGUGACUCGAAGGCGAGAUUGAUGGAUUACUGUGACAAAAAGAAUGUUGUCAGAUUUCUGAUGAAACUCACUGAGUUCUUUCAUCCUGCCCGGCGUCAGAUUUUAAUGAUUGAUCCACUACCGUCUAUUCGUAAGGUUUAUGGGAUGGUUGCCCAGGAAGAACACCAACGUAUUGCUUUACCCUCUAUUCCUGACUCUGUCGCUUUUCAAGCUUCUGCUAAAUCUCGCUCUUUUUCUCCUAAACCCAGACCCUUUUGCACACACUGUGGCAUUCAAGGUCAUACUGUUUCCCGUUGUUAUAAGAUUCACGGGUAUCCUCCUUCUACUCGCCCUCCUCUUUCGAACAAACCAGACAUUCUACCUCGACCUCGUUUUGCUUAUCCUGAAAAUACCCAGAAUACAGUUAAUAUGGUGGGUUCUGAUUCUGAUAUUUCGGCCUCGUCUCAGUUGAUUCCCGCUGAUAAGUCUGCUCAGUCUACUCUAGAACAAGCUUAG